CCUGAGGUCAGAAAUGGUCAUGUCCCGAAAGUGUGUGCCUCCCCUACUGCUGCACUCUUCGAUGUCUCCAGCAACAGACACAGACAGGCACAGCCUUCAAAGCAUCGUGAAAGCGCAGGGAGCCAUUACAAAUUACCGACCCUUUGUUGAGCUGAAUUUCUUUCAGCUAAUCUCACGUUUCAUUCACAACCUGUUCAAGUGGCUUCCACCAUCCUUCACCACAUCUCCACGUUCGUGUCACACAUCUCAUUGUCGCUCGUUCUCUCGUCGUUCACAACUUCCUGCUUCUUUGGUUCUCGCGCCUCUUCUCAAUCUCCACUAUCUCUCCUUUGUGCGCGGUCUCUAAGCCCUUUCAAUCGCGGGUUCCCUCCAUUGUC